ACCACGGUCAGCGAAUUGUUCUCGCCCUGUCUCUUCUCAGAGUUUCUUGUCUGCGCUGUCGCCGUCGCUGUCGUCCUCCUCCUCUACUCCCCGAGGCAGAAGCCCUCGCCCGUGAUCUCUCGCGUCCGAGCUCGGCCCUUUGAGUCGCCCGAUGACUCCCACCUCUCUCCAGCUAUUGUUCGGCCUCAGCUGCGGGGAAUCGCCGCCCGUCUUCCCCCGUGUCUUGUCUGCCGCGUCGCCGUCCUCCUCCUCCUCCUCCUCCUCUGCUCCCUGAGGUGGAAACCCUAGAAGCCAUCGACCUUGAUCUCUCGCGUCCGAUCUCGGCCCGUUGAGUCGACCGACGACUCCUACCUCGCUCCAGCUACGCUUCGGCCUCAGCUGCGGGGAAUCCCCGCGCAUUUUCCCCUGGGUGCGACUCCGCCGCCGGUCCUCCCCCCUGGUUUGUACGCCGUGUCGCGUUCGUCCUGAUUCUCUGCACCCCGAGGCAGAAACCCUAAAGCCCUCGCCCUUGAUUUCUUGCGUCCGAGCUCGGCCCGUUCAGUCGCCCGACGACUCCCACCUCGCUCCGGCUAUGGUUCGGCCUCAGCUGCGGGUGAUCUUCACCCGUCUUCCCCCGGCUGCGAUUCCGCUGCUUUGAUCGCCGCUUUGGCUUGGUGGUCUCUGCCGGAGACGCCCUGGGUAGCGAACGGAAGGGAGAGGCCUGGAAUAAUGGAUCAAAUGGGUCAUUGUAUUCCUUUGCAGGUUGCACAAGACCAUGGUUUGUUGUACUGAAGCAUACUGCUCGGGUGAAGAUGCAUUUGGCCAAUGGGUAUCCCGAUGUUGCAAAAUGCAAGUAGGUUUCAACGGAGAUCCCUAAAUCCUUUCAAGACAAGUUACGACAAACAAGCAAAGAUAUAAUGAAAAAGAAGGCAAGAGCUGAGGAAGAAUACCAUAGGGCUACACCGGAGCCGGUUUAUGACGAAUAUGUGGGUUGCGGCGAUGAAAUCGAACCGGAUCUCAUCACUGGUAUUCGUGCAUCACUAGAGCAUCAGUACAUAUACGAGGAAACAAUAAGGCAUCGACAACCUGACUCACAAUGGGAGCGUGGCAGUGGCAGCGGGCCUAUGCCACAAGGAAUCCAAAGGUCGGCCAGCAUGAGACAACCAACUGCCCCUCCUCAAUUAAGCCGAAUUGGUAGCAUGAGGCAAAGUGGAAUCCGUGGUUUUAUGAGAGGACUUGGCAGGAGGUCAGCACUAGAUAUUAUUGAUAUUGAUCCACAAGCCUCUCCUUCACAAAUAAUGAAACAGACACGGAUUGACGAUGCAUAUACAAAAGAAAAGAAACGAGAUAUUGGGAAGGCAAUUGCAAAAUGGUUCAACUUCCACAAGAUUCCAGCAAACACAGCCCAAGGUCCAUAUUAUCACAGCAUGAUCUCCUCUAUUCAGAAGUUUGGCACUGGGAUUCAACCUCCAACACCGAAGGAGAUUCACGGCAUGUAUUUAGAUGAGGAGGUAGCAGAACUGAAGGAUUGGAUCAAAUCCUUCAAGAGCCAGUGGGACGAAUAUGGGGUGACACUAAUGUGUGACAGUUGGAUAGGGUCAACAAGAAUGAGUAUCAUUAAUUUUUUUAUUUAUUGUAACAGACGGGUGGUUUUUCACAAGUCAGUUAAUGUUUCUGACAAGAUUCAAGAUGCAAAUUAUAUUGAAAACAUAAUGGACACCGUAGUAGAGGAGAUCGGAUCACAAUACAUUGUUCAGAUAGUCACCGACAAUGAAGCAAAUUUCAAAAAGACCGGUUUACAAUUAAUGAAAAAAAGAAAAACAUUGUUUUGGACUCCAUGUGCAACUCAUUGCAUGGAUCUAAUGCUGAAGGAUAUUAGUGAGUUACCCUCAGUCAACAAGUGUAUAACUCGAGCACAGUCUAUUACAAAGUUUAUAUAUAAUAAUCAUUGGAUCCACUCUUUAAUGCAAAAGUAUAUAAAUGGUGAGAUACUCAGACCUGGAGUCACUCGAUUUGCUACAAAUUUCAUUAUCUUAAAGUCAAUACAACAAAAGAAACAAGGCCUCAUGGCAAUGGUCAUCUCACAAGAAUGGUCAGAUUCUAGGUAUUCAAGAUCGAGCGAUGGAAAAAAGAUGGAAAAGAUUAUUCUUUCUUCUAGAUUUUGGGAUGUCGUGAAAGAAAUCAUAACAGGAGUAGAACCACUUUAUGUUGUCCUUCGUAAAGUCGAUAUAGAUAAGCGUCCCCAAAUGCCUUAUCUUAGACAUAUGUUAAUUACAGCAAGAGAGGAGGUCAAGAAAGCAUUCAAAGAUAAUUUUAAGGCCAAUCAAUACUUACAGAUUAUCGAUCGUAGGAUUGAAGUUUAUAUGGAUCAAGAUAUUUAUAAUGCAGCCUAUUAUCUAAAUCCGGCCAUUCAAUUUCGGUAUAGUCUUGGCAUGCGAUCAGAUUUAUUGUCAGCGCUAAGAAAUGUUAUAUAUCGACUCUUGUCAAACACUACGAAUGCAGCCGAUGCUAUUAUGGAGAGUCGAUUAUUCCUGGAAACAAUUGGUUCAUUCUCCGACAUUGUAGCUAUAUCAUGUCGUUACAAUAUGGAUCCUGCCGAGUGGUGGUUACAAUUUGGAGGGGAUGCACCAAAUUUACGAAAGGUUGCCAUUCGUGUACUUUCGCAAACGACGACAUCUAGUGGUUGUGAACGUAAUUGGUCAACGUUCGCAUUGAUUCACACGAAGGUCCGCAACAGACUAUCAUAUAGACGGUUUGAGAAACUGGUAUAUGUCUACUAUAACAUGCAGCUAAGGUUGCAGUGUGCCGAGUUGGACAAGGAGCCAAAGGAAACAGAGAUUGAUCCCAUUGACUUCCAAUUUUACAACGAAGAUUCAGAGCCAAUGUUAGAGUGGGUUGAAGCAAUGGAGAAUCUAGAGGAUCCUCUACUUGAUGAGGUAGGAGAUCCUCAACGUCCUUCGCGUUUUAUUAUCGAGGCAAUAAAAGAAGAAGCACAUCCCCAGCAGGAGGAAGAUUCCCCUCAGUUAAAACGUGACGGAAGGAGCCAGACAACAUCGAGUAAGACUACCCGAGUAACUAAAGACACCCAACCGUCACAAUCGUCUGCGCAACGUGCAAAUGUAACAGCAAAGGGGAAGGCAGUAACAUCAGCCGCACCGUUGGGAAGAAUCGAGUCGAGCGACGAAACACCUUCUCGAUCGUAUUCAACAACCCGCUCAGUCCAGAGACAUGGUAGCGACGUGGACAGCAGUGCCUCGACCGAUUAUGGCGGUGACGUCGGGAAGUCGAUGGUCCCAUCUACACAAUUUGAGGGUGAUGCAUGGACCGAGGAGCAGUAUUUUACACCUAUCACCCAAGAUUCGGAUCGUGGAACUCGACAAGGUACUAGUCAAGUUUAUGCACGAAAGGGGAAGGCAGUGGAUGAUUUUAAGCAGAUGCGACAGAGCCUACACAAUGUAGACACAGAGCGAAGCUCAUCGUAUUCACAGUCAUCGUAUUAUAAAGAAUCUUACGACCAACAACAAUACGGUGAUAGUUGGUCAAACUUCUCUGAGCAACAGUCCGGUGAUCAAUUUUAUGAUACGGAGCAGUAGAUCAGUGGCAAAAGUAGAAAUUCCGACAUUGUUCUCCAUGCUUCGUACCAAUAUAUGCCUCAAUCGUACUUGCCUCA